AUGUCGCACAAACAAAUUUACUAUUUGGACAGAUACAACGAUGAUGAGGAAUUCGAGUACCAGCUUGUCAUGUUGCCCAAGGAUAUAGCCAUAUCGUUCCCUAAAACCCACUUGAUGUCAGAGUCUGAAUGGAGGAACCUUGGCGUUCAGCAGAGUCAGGGAUGUGUUCAUUAUAUAAUCCAUGAACUAGAACCUCACGUCUUGCUCUUCUGGCGGCCACUACCCAAGAAGCCAAAGAAAUGA